AUGGACGGAGCUCAGCUUCGUGACCAGGCCGCUCAGGACCGAGUGCGAGCCGCUGUUGAAUUCCUCGAUCCGAGCGAUGCCAGAGCACGCAGUUACCGGGCGGAUAUUGUGUUGAUGCUAAACCGAAAGCUACGCCGAUUGACGGUCAGCCUGGAUGAGAUUAGAGCACACAACCGUGAAAUGGCCGACGGGCUUCUUACGUCUCCCUUUGAAUGGUCCCAAGCAUUCGAUAGAGCCCUUAAGGAUGUUGUCAAGACACUGCCUAGCCGACCAUCAAGCGAAUCAGCUGAUGAAGUGAACUAUUACUGCGCUUUUGUCGGAGCAUUUGGAGAAUUUUCAUGUAACCCCAGAACACUCGGAUCCUCCCAUCUAAAUCGGAUGGUGUCACUCGAAGGCAUUGUUACCAAGUGCUCCUUGGUACGGCCAAAGGUUAUACAGAGUGUGCACUACAGCGAGAGGAAAGACAGGUUCUUCGCAAGGAAAUACAAAGAUCAGACCAUGACCGCCAGUGGCGCGACAAGCUUGAACGUUUACCCUCAAGAAGAUGACGAGGGCAACCCGAUUAUCACCGAGUUCGGCUAUUCUACAUAUAUGGACCACCAGACCAUCUCCAUCCAAGAAAUGCCGGAACGUGCCCCCGCAGGUCAAUUACCCCGGAGCGUGGAUGUGAUUGUAGAUGAUGAUCUGGUCGAUCGCGCAAAACCUGGAGACCGAAUUCAGCUGGUGGGAAUCUACCGCUCUUUGGGAAAUCGAAAUGCUGGUUCUGGGUCAUCCACCUUCCGCACGCUUGUCAUGGCAAACAAUAUCAUUCAGCUCUCCUCGAAAUCUGGUGGAGGUAUAGCACAGGCGACGAUUACCGACACCGAUAUCCGAAACAUCAACAAGAUCUCCAAGAAAAAGCACGUCUUCGAGUUGCUAUCCAACUCCCUUGCGCCCAGUAUCCAUGGUCACGACUACAUUAAGAAGGCCAUUUUGCUCAUGCUUCUGGGAGGUAUGGAGAAGAACCUCGACAAUGGUACGCAUUUGCGUGGUGACAUCAACAUCCUCAUGGUUGGUGAUCCUUCAACUGCAAAGUCCCAGAUGCUUCGCUUUGUUCUCAACACAGCUCCGCUUGCGAUAGCAACGACUGGUAGGGGUUCUUCCGGAGUGGGUCUCACUGCUGCUGUCACAUCAGACAAAGAGACAGGGGAGCGCAGACUCGAGGCUGGUGCGAUGGUUCUUGGUGAUAGGGGUGUGGUCUGCAUUGAUGAGUUUGACAAGAUGAGUGAUGUGGAUCGUGUGGCUAUCCACGAAGUCAUGGAGCAGCAAACAGUCACCAUUGCCAAAGCAGGCAUUCACACUAGUUUGAAUGCUCGCUGCAGUGUUCUGGCUGCCGCUAAUCCGAUUUAUGGUCAAUAUGACCCGCACAAGGACCCUCAUAAGAACAUUGCCCUGCCCGACUCACUCCUCUCACGUUUCGAUUUGCUCUUCGUCGUGACGGACGACAUCGAAGAUGCUAGAGAUAGGAUGGUUUCGGAGCACGUUUUACGCAUGCACCGCUAUCGUCAGCCAGGUACGGAAGAAGGUGCCCCGGUUCGGGAGCAGCUCGGUCAAACCCUAGGUGUUGGUAUUGAUGACGCCGAGGAUACAAAUCAACCAACUGAAGUCUUCGAGAAAUUCAAUUCCAUGCUCCAUUCCGGUAUGGCGAACUCAAGCAGGGGUCGUGGAAAGAACGUUGAAAUCUUGAGCAUCCCUUUCAUCAAGAAAUACGUCCAAUAUGCGAAAUCAAGAGUCAAGCCAGUGCUGACCAAGGGCGCUGCUGAUCACAUUGUGGGAACAUACUCUGCACUAAGGAACGACGAAUUGUCGGCAAACCAGCGGCGAACAUCCCCAAUCACUGCCCGUACCCUGGAGACUCUGAUCCGCCUGUCCACUGCGCACGCCAAAUCACGCCUAUCAAGCCGGGUUGAGGAGAAAGAUGCCAAGGUUGCAGAGUCGAUUUUGCGGUUUGCCAUGUUCAAGGAAGUUCUUGAGGAUGAACGUCGCAAGAGAAGAAAGGUUACAACAUUCGACGACGACUCCGAAUCAAACGAGUCUGAAUCAGAUGACGAGGAUGGCGAUGACAACAACCCCGCAAACACCUCCUCAGCAACCCCUCGAUCCACAAGGAGAAAUCUCCGAACUCGUGCAGCCGCAGCCCGCUCCUCCACCAACGACGAUGUUGAUAUGGACGCAGACGGCGACGACGUCUCCGUUGAUGGAGACGGGCUGUACAGCGCAAGCCCCCGCGGGCAACGGAUACAGUCAAGCCAGUCGCGAAUGUCCGUUGCUUCGUCCCGACCCGCCUCCCAGCUUGUCCAGUCCCAGACGGAUACUUCACAGUCCCAAGGCGCUUCUAGCGCAGCUUCCUCGUCUCAACCAAUUCAGCCUGCUCGCUUGACGCUCUUCCGACAGGCUCUGGGUCCGUUGAUGGGCACGAAACUCUUCGCCUCGGGAGACACUGCUGAUGUCGAGGAACUUAUUGGCGCGGUGAACACCGCUGUACGCACCCGCCAGGGCGAAACACAAGUCUUUCAGCGUCCGGAGGCUAUCCAAGCUCUGAAGGCUAUGAACGAGAGGAAUGAAUUGAUGUACCUUGAGGACGACGAGACUGUCUACAGGAUUUAG